CGGGAGUCGCACUACGCGGUGCUCGGCUGCGCGCCGACGGCGACGGCCGGCGAGGUCAAGAAGGCCUUCUUCAAGCUCGCCCUCAAGUACCACCCGGACCGCAACGACGCCGACACGACGGCGACGAUGAUGAAGAUCAACGCCGCCUACGCCACCCUCGGCGACGCCCAGGAGCGCCUCAAGUACGAC